UUAAAAACCGUCGAUAUCAAACAUUUUGCACAUUAUAACUAUUUCAUUCAAGCAAACUGUUUCAGAUAGACUUGAAUAUGAUUUUUCUUUGCGCUCAAUUCACGUUGAUAUUCUUUGGUGUACCAGCUGUACAGACAUUUCUUUUUAGCAAAGAUUGUCUAGUCACGCAAUGGUCGAACUGGAGUGAAACCAACAGUUACGGCAUACAGACAAGAACUAGACAAGUCAUGCGUUACCCAUCCGAUGGUGGGCAGCCAUGUCCAGCGGUUGUGGAGGAACAAGGAGAUGAUGUUGACUGUCAAGUCUCACAAUGGUCAGCAUGGGGUGGCAAUUUUGGAUUUGGUCAACAAAGCCGAUCAAGAACUAUUACUCAACAUCCCGAAGGAUCUGGAAAUAAGUGUCCGGAGCUUGAAGAGGUCAUAUACAUAGGAGCGGUACCUAGUGUCAAUGUUACCGCAAAAUAUGUUCAAUCAUAUUUUAUCCGACCCACUGGUAACUAUCGUGUUCGCCGACAAGCAGGAACAACUGGUAGUGUAAGGGACCUUCUCCUUAUUAUGGAUAGUUCGGGAAGCAUCGGCCGUCGUGGAUUCACGAAAGCCAAUUCUGAAAUAAGCAGACUAUUUGGUUUGCUGUGCCCUUUAAAUGGACCAUUUGACAAGAGGCCUACAUCGCUUUAUGAGCACAACCAGGCUGCAAUGCUGACGUUUUCAAGCAGUGUGACUCAGAAUUUCGACUUUGAUGACUACAGCACCACAGUCGAAAUACAGAAAGCCAUUGCUAAGGCUAAAUACUACGGCGGAAGCACAGAUACUGCCUCAGCUUUUAGACAAGCUGUCAGUCUAUUCAAGUCAAAUAAAGGUGCUAGAGAUAAAUCACUGGUAAAGCGAGAAGUACUGAUUCUCACAGAUGGCCGCUCAAACAAUCGUGCUAAGACUCUGGCUGCUGUGAAAGAACUGCACGAGGUAGCUGACGUGUACGGACUAAUGACAGGAACAUUCUCGAAAGAAGGGAUGAAAGAGCUAACGAAAUACGUCUCCUCGCCUGUAGACAGGCAUUUGUUCUAUGUCAAACAUUUGCGAGACCUAACGUCUUUAGUGGACUUUGUUGCAGAUAAUAAGAAAGCCGCUAAGCAACACUGGUGUGCUCCUUUUGAUGUAAAAUAAGUAGAUCAAAUUUUAAUUUAUGUUUCCCGGUAAUGAAACUUUGACACAUCAGUACUUGUCAUUAUUGAUGACAUUGACAAUUUCAAUAAUAUAUUUUCAGAUAUCAAAUCUGAAACAGCUAAAUGUAAAUUUGUCAUGUUUUGAUCAUUUUAGUAAUAGAACGAAAUGUAAUGCGUAUUUUGAAGGCAAACUGACUGACUUAUCCAGUUAAUCAUUAAAAUGGUUUUAACAUAUUUUUACGAUAUCUUGGCUAUUUUAAAAGUUACCGUUUAUCGCAAUAGGAAAAUACUUUUUAAGAAUGUAUCAUGGCUUUCUCACGCAAUGACAUACAAUGAUGUUUAACGCAUUUUCUUGUCAUCUAAAUUAAAUUAGUUUCAACCGGGUAGUUAGCUAACAUGCAAUCAUGAGGUUAUUGAUUUUUAUGAUGACGAUGUAUAGAUCUGUGUAAUCGUAAAUGUCAUUAUUAUUGUAUAUACAUGUAUGAACAUGUUACCGCUUCUUCUAUUAUUUUACAUGUGUGGUCUACUUUUAAAAGACUAAAAUAAUACACAUACAAAAUAUCCCGUUCAAAACGUCUUGGUUAGAAAGAUUUCACAGAUUGUGUUGUAUUGAUAAAUGCUUUACCGCUAUUGUGUGGCAAGCUACAGCAUAAGUAUUAUUUUCUUUUCAACUUCUUUCUUAUGUAUUCUUUAAUACUUUGUGUAAACUAACAUUAACAAAAAAUACAAAAAUGGAAAAGUUUAAAGGAGAAAAAUAACACAACUUCAAUGUUUCAUAUAGAAAAUACCUGUACAUAAUCAUGAGAUUUUGUUGCGUUAAUAAUUUAUAUUGAUCUGUUGUGUAAAUAAUUUACAUUGAUCUGGAUGUUGACUCUGUAAAAAAUGAAACAGUAAGCGUACCUGUACAGGUAUGAAAACCUAACUUCACAAUGUUAUCCUUUAUUGUGUGCGGUUUGAUAUUGAUCAAAACCACCGACCAUAUUUGAGAAUAGAUAUUCCCGUGUGUAGACGACAGCGAAAAGAAAUGUAUAUUGGAAAAUUGCAAGUUUGCAAGAAAAAAAAAACAAAAAAAAAAAAAAACGAUGAAAAAGGACGAUGUCGCACAUUACAACUUUAUUCGGAAUGUUUUU